AUGGACUACGACUAUGGCAAUGAUGCCAUAGAUGAUAACAUGGCCCUGGGUGUCAGCGGGAACGUGGAUGAAGUCUAUCGCAACUAUCACCUUGAACUUGACAGUCAUAUAUGCGAUGCAGCAAGUAAUUUCAUUCCUGCAGAUACCAUACCUCCUCCCUUAACAUCAAAACAGCCAGGUGACUGGAUGCCUUACCAUAGUCGAUUGGAGUUUGAAACCGCAGAGUUUUUGUACAAGAAGGUUCAGAUGUCUGCUGGUGACAUCAAUAAAUUGAUGUACUUGUGGGGCCUUGGUCUUGCGCGACAUGGAGACGCCCCUCCUUUUGCAGACCAUUGGGACCUAUAUUUGACUAUCGACGAAACACCAAUUGGAGAUGUCCCUUGGCAGAGUUUUUCGAUGAAGUAUGGUGCGGAUGCUGAUCCAGCAAGUGAUCUCACACCGUGGAUGGACGCCACAUACACUACAUGGUUCCGCGACCCGCACACUAUUAUCUGCAACAUGUUAGGCAAUCCUGACUUCAAAAAACAAGAUGGAUUAUGCACCGUAUUCGCAACUCGCCAAUGGUGCAAUGUGAUGUCAGGCGAUUGGGCCUGGGACCAAGCAGAUGAGAUCACCAAAGAUCCUGCCACGCACAGUUCAAUGUUUGUCCCAGUAAUACUUGGAAGCGACAAAGCCACAGUCUCGGUCGCAACGGGACAAAACGAUUACUACCCACUGUAUGCCUCGAUCAGGAACGUUCAUAAUAAUGUUCGCCGUGCUCACCGUAAUGCUGUAGCUGUCAUCAGCUUUUUGGCCAUUCCAAAAACGACAAAAAAACAUUCAGAUGAUCCACAUUUCCGAAAAUUUAAGAAACAAUUGUUUCAUUCUUCUUUGUCGCGGAUUCUGUCAUCACUCAAGCCCGCCAUGUCUGUCCCUGAGGUUGUCCAAUUCAGGGACAGGCAUUUUAUACAUGUGGUGUACGGUCUCGGUCCUUAUAUUGCCGACUAUCCUGAGCAACUUGUCCUUGGUUGUGUAGUUCAGAAUUGGUGCGCAAAAUGUUUCUCUUAUCCUGACAAUUUGGACAGCGGUGAGGGUGGGCUUUGUUUGUGGGAAGUUGUAGAUACCCUUUGUGACAAAGUUGAUGCCGGAGUACUUUGGGAGGAAUGGGGAGUCAUCAGUGAUGUAGUGCCUUUCACCAAUGACUUCCCUUGCACCGACAUUCACCAGCUUCUCGCACUGGACAUCCUACAUCAAGUUAUUAAAGGAGCAUUUAAAGACCAUCUUGUGGCAUGGGUCAAGAAGUAUCUCGACAAAGAGCACGGGAAGACACGCGCAAAGGCAAUUUUGGAUAAUAUCGAUCAUCGAAUUGCUGCAGCUCUGCCUUUCACAGGACUUUGUCGAUUUCCGCAAGGACGCGGAUUCUCUCAAUGGACCGGCAAUGACUCCAAGGCCCUCAUGAAGGUCUAUCUCCCUGCAAUUGAGGGACAUGACACCCUUCUACAGCUUUCUGACUAUACUGGUAUUCAAUUCGACAGAUUUUCCCUGCCAUGCCAGCACACACUGUGCCAUUACUCCAUGCUCAUCUGUUUGUUUGGUGCCCUGAAUGGGAUAUGCUCCUCCAUAAUGGAGUCCAAACACAUAAAGGCCGUCAAGGAGCCUUGGCGCCAUUCCAGCAAAUUCAAUGCCCUCGGACAAAUGUUGCUCACCAACCAGCGCCUCGACAAACUUGCUGCAUCAUGCUCGGACUUCACUGCACGCAGAAUGCUUGACGACUCAUUCAUUUUAGAUCAUUUAGCAUAUCUAGGUACAUCUUCUACUUGUUACAACAAAUCAACAACAACAACCCCACAAGUGGCUGCAGCAGCAGCAGCAGCAACAAUCCGAAUGGCCACAGCAGCAGCAGCACCAACAUCAACACUGAUGCCAACAGCAGCAACAACAACUGCCACAGCAGCUGCUGCAGUUGACGACAACAACAACAAUGAUGGCACUAAUGACCAUUGUGAUGGUGAUGACGACGGCAGAGAAGACAUCCAGAUCAAUCCUGCGGACCAGGCAGACUCGGAGCACCCCCACUUGGACGAGCCUGGAGAUGGCAUCAUAGAAGGACCCAGAGCACAGUGUGAUGUCAAAUUAGCACGUACCCAUCGUGAGUUCCCUCUCCCUCAUAUCUCCCCCGACUUGUCCAACUUUUUCUAUUCGAUCAACUCCUCGCAGAUGACAUGCACACUUCCGACACCGUUCCCCUCAGCGCAUGUCCACGAUUUGAGGGCCACAUCAAAAUAUUUAAUUUGGCUGCAGCCACGGUGUUGGUGGAAUGCGGCACGAACACAUUCGUGCAGCACCAUCAUGACUUUCCCUUGCACCCUCGUCCACUGGUUCAAACUCAUUGCAUGUCACCUCUUACCUAUUUUUGACUCUGAUUUUGCUCCGGACAACCUUACACUUCAUAAUGUUUUAGACAUAUGGCCCAGCUUCUAUGUUAACAGAUUCGUAGAUCACCACGCGUUCAAAAUAGCAUAUUGA